CAUGACAUUGUUGAGAAUCUCAAGGACACCGCUUAUAUAGCAUGCGCAGGAAUGACGUCAUCAAACAGAAAUGGUACCGUGUACAAGACUUCCGGAUGCACAUUUACUUCAUCCGAGACUAAAGACAUAUACUUGAUGGUAGCGGAACUAAACAGGCGCGCCACUUCACACCAAGAUAUUCUUCCUCAUCUCCAGGAUCUGCAAGAGCAAUGGUUGGAUAGUUACAAUCACCUGACAAAACGACAGAUCAUACUGAAGGCACAAGAAAAGAGGAUAUCUUUGCUGGGAAAAGACCAUGCUUCUUACGAUGGAGACAUGAAAAGAUGGCUGAAUUACAAAUUGAAAGUAGAAAGCGCCAUUUCCGCCCACAACACCACAACUAAGAACUUCCAGGAAAUGUUGUAUAAAGAACGGCGGUUACGCCUUGAUUUGGAAGAGCUUGAGCAAGAACUCCGCCAACUUCUAAGCGUGAAUAUUGAAAUCAGACUCCAGAAAACUCUUGAAAACAUGGCGAAGACUAUAGACCUCGUUGACCUAGACUGUAGUAACAUAAGAUACCAGGUUGUGAAAUCUCGUAUACAGAGCGUCAAUGCACGAGACAUCGUCGAUAGUUUGCUUCGAAAUUGCUGCAUGGAAUAUGAAUACCCAAACAUUCAAGAGUUCAUCCAGACCACUGGAUUCUCGGAGCCGUUACCAGGUGGUGAAAUGAUCUGUCUGUCACGACACAGGAAGGUCAGAAUGGGUGACAAAGAAUUCCUGACGUCAUUUCCGCGGAACUUUGGUGACGAUACCAGUGUUGGUAUGGACAGAAACACAAACAAUGGUUGCUACCUCAAGGCUGUUUGGUCGAAACCUUCAUCCGGACCCGGGUUUUUGAAGCUAAAACGAGAUCAUAUAUUCAAACAGAAAUUGACAGCCAUGAACGGCGAGGUAGCGUUUGGCUGGUCAAGAAAGGGACGGAUUGGUCAGAAGAGUUGGGGAUUCUACGACUCCCGACUGGUCACCAGGGUGGUGUAACUCCGGACUCCCGACUGGUCACCAGGGUGGUGUAACUCCGGACUCCCGACUGGUCACCAGGGUGGUGUAACUCCGGACCAAAGAUUUGAAUUUGCGAAAAAAAGUGAUGUCCAGAAGAAAAGAAAACCAGUUUUAGAGCAAAAAUUCAGAACGGACAUUCCUCAUUUGUCAAAGAUUGCAGCUUUGGACCAAAUAUUUAUUUUCUAUAUACACGUACAAAUUG